AUGAACUUCACAGCCAUAGGGAGUCAAAUCCAGCUCCCGCCGUUCGAACCCGGUCUGUUGAAACGAAUCGAAAGUCUGCCGGUACCGGAGGGGUUUCCGCACGAGGACCCUAAGGAGAAAGCCAGGCGGGAAGAGCUGUUUAGCACAUUACUUCAGGGACUCGAAGCCAAAGACCCAACUGCGCAAUGGGAGAGAUGGGUUCAGAAUACGUACCAGCGCCUAACCGCCUUGAGCCUUCCAAGCCAUUCUCGCCCAUAUGAGAACCGAGAUCGAGGCGGGGUAUUCUUGAUUGCCCUCCAAUACACCUGGCUGUCGACCAACUCCAAGGAUGCUCGCCUUGGACUUGACUUCUUGCUCCAUCACCAGAAUGAGCUCAGAGCCUUUUGCAACAAGAACUGUAAACCGAGGAUACCUGUCAACCAAUGGCGAGGCAGCGAUUGGCACCUCAAUAAACGGAAAUAUAACGAUACUGGGAAUCAAUACUUUCCACAAUCCAAGUAUCCAAAGUCACAUCCCCACCAAGGCUAUCCGCAACAAUAUCGCAAUAACCAGCAUUGGGCGUAUCACGACUCGUGGAAUCGACUUCAUUGUCCUCAACAACCACCUCCCCCCUUUUGUCCCAGCAACAGGCCAGUUAUUCCCAAUCCCACGCGAGCUACCCCGCAUUCUACCUGGAAACACUCGCAGCAUUGGCAAGAUCCCGGAAGAAACGCAAGAUCGUUCCCGCCCCGUGUCAAUGACGUGAAGCCAACUAGAAAGGUAACAGCUUCAGACUCUGUCUCUCAUGACACAGCUCCGAGUCAUAACCACACCACUGGCAAAGACUCCGUUGUGUGCCCAAAUUCCAACCCUAACGGGAACAGGAGCAAACCAUUGCAUGAUUUCGACUCCCUCGCGAAUACGCCAGUGCCGCCUUUGUCCCCCGUCCAGCCGGAGAGCAGACCUUCUGCUCUCAUCGCGACUCACUGCGAGCUUCCUUCCAACACUAGCGAGGCCGUUAAUCCCCCAGCUCUUCAGGCUAUCGUGGGCGACGUGGGCGAGGAGGUUGCUUCAAUCAAAGACGGGCCAGUCGCCAUGGUAUGCGACGCUGCGAACAAGGUGAAGGAGGAAGCUUUAAUAGCACCGCUUGCCUUGCCAGGAACCAAGGUAGUCCUAUCGGCUGUCGCGGGCGCACGAGAGGUCCCGACUGUCUCUACAUCUACUUCAUCGACUUCGAAGUCUAUCAAAGCGUCUCUUCUCAGUUUCCCUCCCAUUUGGGCACAGACUCGACAAGAGGUUUGUGAAACCUUCGAAUGGUUUAGGAGUUACCAAGGGGGAGUGUACUUCUCGAAUGAUAUUGUCAAAGGUUAUAUGCUAGGGGGAUUUGGCGCAAAGCGAGAUAUUUUUGCUCACGGCGGCCGGUUGAUCAUCUCCCACGGCGGAGGCAAGGCAGAAAGUACGCACAUGGAAAAAGGAAAGGCCACCGUCAAAGCAGCUGGAGACCAGGAAGCUACCGAUAAAUCCGUUCGAGCUCUUCUCAGGACGUACGAAGAGAAGAGGCCGUUGGCUUUGGUCAUCGACGAUCGCUAUUCUUGGUUUCCUUUUGACUUAACAUCCAUGGGCAUUGCAUACACCGUGCUGGGGUUCUAUAUGAUUGUGGACGCGUGGGCUGAAUACGAGGAGAAAGUUGAGACUGAACAGGGCCGAGUGGUUAGGUUCAAGUUUGCUUUUCAAUGGUGUGAAGGACAGGGUGAUCCUUGGUGGAUAAGGGAAGCGACAGAACCAAUUCCGUCACGGUUUGACGAUGACGAGGACGUAGAUGCGGGCCCCCCUGAGAAGCUGGAAGAAUACGCGGUGAAACAUGACGCUGACAAGACCGACACCCCGGAUACCAUAAAGUGUCAGUUCUGCAACAAGAAGUCCCCGCAAGUGUUCCAGCCCACUUGGGCUUGCUUGAAUUCCAAGUGUACCAUGUUCUGGAGGUCCCCGGAUACUGCAAACUACCUCCCGGAAGAACUGGAAUACCAUCCUGAAUUUCUGAGGCUGCGGGAUGGUUGCGUCCUGCCCAUGGGACACCAAUCACUCAAGCCUUCUCUUGUGGCGGAACGGGCGGACGGGGUGACCACAUCGACCGCAUUUACGCGGGGAUUCCACUGUUCAAAAUGCGGUCGCCUAUCUUGCAGGACCGAAUGGCGGUAUUGGAAAUGCAGUACGCAAGGUUGCGAUCAAGUCUACCGCGUUCCGAGUAGGAUUCAUCAGGCCAACGAGUUUUGCUACCAACCUUUGAAGAUUGACUUCGAUGCGGAAUGGAUAGCACCAAACUGCGGAAUUAUCAGGGAACGGUUGCGCACGUUUCCUAUCGGCGAUUCUGGUGCAGUCGGACAGAUCCAGACCAUCGCACUUCCGAAGAACAGAGGCUACCUGCAUCAUAUCAAGUGCAAUGCGCCAUCUUCGAAGGACCAAGUGAAUGAUAUCUUCAAAGAGUACCAGGACCAGGCGAACAAUGGCGAAUUGAACUUUAGACGAUGGCCUAUGCGAGCGCACAAAUGUCGCGGGGCCCUUCUGACCAAUUACUUCUCGCACAAUGGUGAAGUUAUCGAACUGCCUCUAGUUGCCGUUGGCCUGACCAAGUUUUUCACUGUAGCUGGCGUUCCGUAUCAUUAUGUUGGCGGGACAGAGAAUACUGUCCCAUUUGACCAAGCCCCAAUGGCUGUAAUUCAUGCGCGAGAACUCAUCCAACGGCGGAUAUACGAGGCCCUUGGGAAAGGCGUAGAGUUCAAUGAAGUUUUGACAGCGGCCUACAUGGAAUCACAGAAGAUGGCUUUCCACAGCGAUGAUGAAAAAGGCCUCGGGCCCGUCGUUGCAGGGUUGUCAUUAGGUUCUCCUGCUCUGAUGCAUUUCCGGCUUCAGAAAAGAUACAGUGGCGACAACCGAGCUUGUCUGAUGAGCUUUGUCCUAAGACACGGAGAUAUUUUGGUCAUGGACGGUUCGGGUGUUCAGGAAUAUUACGAACAUACCGUUGUCCCGACUAACUUCCGGAUCGCCGCAACUGCGCGUUUCAUAGACGAGGGGCGUAGUCAAGUCGAGACUAGGGACGCCCGAACACACUCUCCAGUUCCUGUGUCGAUUAAAAAGACCUGGACCUAA